AUGUACCUGGUUGAUGCCUCAGUUAUCAUCACCCUUCAUCCUUCGCCACGCCUCCUCCUUCACCACACCUCAUCCUUCACCACCUUCCAUCCUUCAUACAUACCCAAGACACAUAUCCUUCCCAACAACUUCGACACCUCCUACCACCCAACACAAGAAGACACCACUCGACCAGACCUUUCUGCACACGCACACAUCUCGUUCGACACUCCCUCCAACCCAAGACAAGAAGACAUCAUUCGACAAGAAGAUCUUCCAGAUGCGCGCGUCUCCCCUCCGACAAACCAGCCAACACAUACACAGAUCCCAUCACUGGCACCUUGGUGUCAGAAGCGUAAGGCAUUUCAGGAUGAUGACAUCAACGGACGAGUCCUGGUGCCGGAUCCUAUAGUACGGCUUCUCUGA